AUGGCCACCACGACCCACCAUAGUUUACUACCGGAUGACGGUACCGUAGCGGUAGGUGUCGCGACCGCAGGUGCCGAAGUUGCCGACGAGGAACAGCAGAUGAGGAAAGUCUACGACUUCGCGGUCCCUCUUCUAGUGCUAGCGUGCGUGAUAUCGACCCUAUUCAACCUGAUCGUGCUCGUAUCUUUACGAUGGUUAAGACGAUCCAUAAACCCCACGUUGAGUCUGAGCCUGAGUUUGACUUUCGCAGACGCCUAUGCGUCGUUCAUGUUGGGGCUCGGCUUCGUCAUAAACAGUUACCUACCGCUGCUGAACGUCGAGAUCCAUCGCUGUUUCAACCUGGUGCUCGAAGCGCUACGGCUCAGUGGACUUGUGGCCGCAGCUUUCAAUUUGCUGGCCUUAUCGUUCAAUCAUUACGUAGGAAUACUUCGACCUCUUCACUAUGCGUCGACGGUGACUCGAAGGAGUGCGUAUAUCGGCAUCGUCUUACUGUGGGCGUUCCCGCUGGUGAUAUUCUUCACGUACUUCUCGAGUGUACCCGACCAAGGUUUUCGCAGUGAUGAGUGUAGCAAUUUCGCGUUUUUACGUGAAUCACGUUUUUCGGUGCUUCUAGGAAUGCUGUUCACGGUGCCUCUGGUUGUGAUGAUGUUCAUCUACUUUCACAUAUUCUUCAUUAUACGCCAGCAUAAAAUCGGACUGUUCGCACAGACGAGCAGUCGUCACGCCAGCCGUCGACUGCAGAACGUGAAAGCCGUGUACACGACGUUGCUCAUCAUCGGGACGUAUCUAGCCGGCUGGAUGCCGGCCGUUUGUUUCUACGUGUUCACCUGCACCGACAGCUGCCCGUUUCCGGUCAACAAGCUCUCGAUGACGACCCGAAUAUCGGGUGGAAUACUCGUGAACGCGCUAAUCAUAGCCAAGUCGCUCGUCGAUCCGUUCAUCUACGCGGCCCGGAUGCCCGAGGUUAGCGAAGCGCUAUCGCGGAUGUUUCGGUGCCGGCCCCGGCCGACCUUUCGACACGCGAGAGCUGCCAGCUAUAAUCGAAACUUCAACAACAACUCGACUCCAUGCUUCCCCAAGUCCCCGAUCGGAACGCCGCUUCGAGGAGACAGCCAGCGAACAGACUGCACGUAUGCAGGCUCUCGUGCCGUGUACGUUAGCCGACCUCGAGGAGGUCUCGUUCCGUCGCACAGUGUGGGCUCGUUGGCGAACUCGUCGCCGCCGAUUCCCACGGCGCCUCCGCCACAGCAGUUGCCUUCAUCAAACGGUCUCAAUCACAACGGUGCAAUUCGCAGCCCCCACCACCAUUGGCCCGAACACGGAUCAGAACGACUACAGCAGCAAGAUCAACGUCUUGUCAACGAUUUGAACUUUCACAACGUGCACCUUGUGCCGCAGCAGCAGCAGCAACAUCCUCACUUUCAAAAAUUCCUGGUCAGCAGCCAGGAUGCCACUGGUGGAGGGCCGACUCAUCAUCUCAUCAUGAAACCCGAUGGUGUGCUCGAACCAACUCCUCGGAUCGCCGCCUCGCCCAGGCUUGUGGUUAAGACUAAUUUAUAA